AUGUUUAUAAAUUAUUUAAAGUUUAUAGAUUUUAUAAGAUUUUAUUAUUUAAUUAGCGGGGUAAUUAUGAAUAGAGAACCAUUGAGAGCAAUGUCAUUACAAGAUUAUGUUCCUUCAGAAAGUGAAGAGUAUAUGAAUAAAAAACAUUUAGAAUACUUUAGUGAAAAGCUACAUUCAAUGCUUAAUGAUUUAAAACAACAAGCGUUGAUUGAUGAUAGUGACGAUACAAAAUUGGCAAAACGUCGGACAGACAAAGAAGAAAAAAUUAAAGAAGCAUUAAAAAAAAUAACGGAUGGUACUUAUGGCUAUUGUGAUGAAACAGGAGAGGAAAUAGGUAUAGGAAGACUUGAAGCUAACCCACUUGCUCUAUAUUGUAUCGAGGAGCAAGAAAGAAUAGAAAAAGAAAAAAGUAUGUAUAAUAUUGACGACUAA